AUGGCUCUGCAGGAGCUGGGUAUCAGCCUGUCCAUGGUGGGCGUAGCAGGAACCAUCCUGAUCUGUGCUCUGCCCAUGUGGAAGGUGACGGCGUUCAUCGGCACCCACCUGGUGGUCAUGCAGGUGUUCUGGGAGGGUCUGUGGAUGACCUGCGUCAGCGAGUACACGGGUCAGAUGCAGUGUAAGCUCUACGACGCCCUGCUGGAUCUGUCACCUGACCUCCAGGCGGCCCGAGGCCUCAUCUGCAUCAGCCUGGUGCUGGGAUGUUUGGGCUUCCUCAUCUUCCUCCUGGGAGCUCGCUGCACCAACUGCCUGGGACACCCGAGGAUCAAGGCCCGGGUGGUGGUGAGCUCCGGGUCCAUCUUCUGCCUGUCUGCACUCACCACCAUCGUUGCUGUCGCCUGGACGGCGAACUCCAUCAUCAGAGACUUCCACAACCCGCGAGUCCCCGAGGUGCUGAAGAGGGAGAUGGGAGCAGCCAUCUAUAUCGGCUUUGUGACAUCUGGGCUGCUGUUCUGUGGGGGAGCCAUUCUUUGUGCUACCUGCCCUCCACAGAGGGGACGGUUUAACUCUAGUGGGUACACACUGACACCCACACACAGCUACGCAGUCAAGAACUACGUUUAG